AUUCAGGAAGAGGUAGUAGACAGCGAGGCCGGGCCGACAGAAGGUUCGGUGUUAAAAAUGCCAGUGUGAACGCUAAGCGAACCAGGACUAAAUGUUUAAUUUUCUUUUUUGGUCCGGACCAAGAGAACUGAACUACAAGUGUGAACACACCCUUAAACUUCUUAAACAGGGGGUGGCUGGAAUCAGCCAGAAUUGACUGGACCUUCUUCACUGACCUGCCCUUGUACAAAUAGGUCUUGCCUGCAAUUUUGCUGCACACUUUAACGAUGCCCUUCAAUGUAUUUUUAUUUUUGAGGCUGAGUGACCCAUACCAGCUUAUAAAAGAAAACCUGAGAACAGAUUCAAUAAAACAAGAAUAAAACAUUUUCUUGAAGGUGUUGUCAACAUUAAAACUUAGAAGCUUACGAUAGAAGUACAUGCGCUGAUGGGAUUCUCUGCACACAGCAUCUACAUGAGACUCAAAGAUGGCUUGAAGUGAUACAGAGAAGUCCAGCCUUGGUGGUGACUGCUUUGACAGCGAGUACUCCAGUUGUGCGGCGGCAAUGGAGAAAGGGAAAACCCCGACAGAAAACCCCUCCACCAUCAGUGUUUCAUCUAGUAUCCCACCAGACCAGCAAGGCUAUGAUGUGGAGUUUGAUCCUCCUCUAGAGAGCAAGUAUGAAUGUCCUAUCUGUCUGAUGGGUCUCAGGUCAGCAGUGCAGACACCAUGUGGACAUCGGUUUUGCAACUCGUGCAUCAAGAAGUCUAUCAGGGAUACAGGGCAGAAAUGUCCAGUUGACAAUGAGGUGCUGCUAGAGGAACAACUCUUUCUUGAUAACUUUGCAAAUCGAGAGAUCCUGUCACUCACUGUCCGGUGCCCUAAUGUAGGGUGCACUGAUAAAAUGGAGUUACGGCAUUUGGAGAAACACUUGUGUAAGUUUGCCACGGUGCCAUGCCCUCAGUGUCAGGAGUUUGUUCGGAAGAGCCAUCUGGAUGAACACAAGAGCCAGCAGUGCUUACAGCGACUCAUGACCUGCCCUAACUGCGCAGGGAGCUUUGUAUAUGCUGACAAACAGAUUCAUGAACAGACAUGUCCUUUUGCCAGUACAGUGUGUAACUAUUGUGAAAUGGAGCUUAUUCGGGAUCAGUUGGCGUUGCACUGUGACACAGAUUGUCUCAAAGCUCCUGUAGCCUGUACUUUCAGCACUUUUGGUUGUCGUGAAAAGAUGCCGAGAAAUGAACUGGCACAACACAUGCAGGAAUUUACACAGAUGCAUAUGCGUUACAUGGCCGAGUUUCUGCGCAGCCAGACUCUGAAUAGCUGCCUAACGUCAUCAGUUGCUGGCAGCUCCUCGUCAGAUGAACGUGGCGCAUCCUCCAGGGUUGUAGAACCUUGCAACUGCAACCAGGAGCUAAUGAACCUGCGGGAGACGGUCUUGGAGCUGGAAGGCCGGCUGGUGCGUCAAGACCAACAGAUCCGUGAACUGUGUAUUCACAAUGAGACGCAGAAAACCCAGCUCACGGAGCUACGUCGUAAGCUGAGCUCACUGGAGGAGGCCACCCGAGAGCUGGAAGCCCAGCAGUACCAAGGCGUCUACGUGUGGCGGUUGGAGAACUUUUCGGCCCACCUGCGCAGCCAGGAAGCUGGUCAACCCGUAGUCCUUCACAGCCCACCUUUCUACACUGGCCGGCCGGGGUACAAACUCUGCCUUCGGCUACACCUGCAAACCCCCAGCGCCCCCCGCUGCUCCAAUUAUAUCUCACUUUUCGUGCACACUAUGCAGGGUGAGUUUGACAGCCAGCUCUCCUGGCCCUUCCAGGGCACGAUCCGGCUGGCAGUGUUGGACCAGGUCGAGGGGCAGCACCAUGUGGAAGUGAUGGAGACCAAGCCUGACCUGCAGGCCUUCCAAAGGCCCACCAUGCAGCGCAACCCCAAGGGGUUUGGCUACGUCACUUUCCUGCACCUACAGGUAUUGCGGCAGCGUGGCUUUGUGAAAGAGGACGUACUCUUAGUGCGCUGUGAGGUUACACCACACUUCGACGCCAGCCUCAGGAGAGAGGGCGUGCAACCUCGGGGCCCAGAACCCUCACUUUAAUUUCCUACACUGUCCUCCUGCAUUUUUAAGUUCUCAUACACAAACACACUGCCAAACUUUCUUAGACUCUGUUGCACACCAAUGUUUUUACUUAGUUUUUACUGUUGUGAAAAGUGUUUGAUAUAGAUGUUUCUCAAAAGCAUUUCAGUGCAAAGCAAUCAAUGGACAACCACCUGUGUGAUCAGCAAAAUCACUGAAUUGCUUAAAAACUAAGCUAAAGGAUGUAGGAACAUUAAUGGUGCUGCUUUUGCGAAGUGUUAUAUCCCAUUUUUUUCACAAUACUACAAUAAACUGCAAAUCUCAUCUGACCCAGCAACUCAACAGUAGGUCUUGUUAUUUGAAUGAGACUCGAAUAAAAUAAACUUUUUGCUGUAAAUUAUGCAGGAAAUACAUAUUGUGUAGUCAUGACCAGUUUUAAACAUAAGGACAGAUCAGCAGAGCACAGUACUACAGUUCUACUAAAUCCAGUGCAUCAUGUUCUUUGAACAAUGUUAAAAUUCAUUUAGUCUUACCACCAAUGUUCAAUUUCACUAUAAGUUGUGCUUCUUUAAGCUUAGACUUUGAACCAAGAUAUGGUUUCAUGGUUGGAUUUCUUACAUGUGCAUAUGUUCUGUGUACUUGUACAAUUUUGACAGGAUAACAUCAAUAGGAAUGCAUAUCCUUUUUUAUCGGAUGUAAUAAUGUAAGGUAAUCUUGCAUGGUAUGUGUGUUGACACUGGAAAUCUGACAAAAUAAUUUUACUUAAUUUUUUUAUUUUUUUUAUCCUCCACUGGACAUUGCUCUUACAUGCGUUUGUAUUUGAAUUUAUAAGUUAUUGUAAUGAAUGAUUGUCAGAUGUUUUCUGCUUCAUGCUUCAUCUGUGACAAAAAAAAAGAAAAAAAAAGCUCAUCCAAAACCUCACAGAACAUUUGUCAGAGAUGUGUCCAUGUCACAUCAAUAGUCUGACAGCUAUCGGCCAUACCAGAAUACACCCAACUUGUAGCAGAAAGAAAGCUGGAUGACAGAAUGGGCAUUUGUCACACAGACAUCGUAGUUUUCCCACUCACUCUAGGAACACAUCCCCUUCCUGUUCCAGUACGGGGGACAGCAAAGAGCUUUCAGAGAUGUAAUGAGUAAUCCUUAUCUCAGGGUGGUUGGUUUGUGCUCUUGUGUUGCUUUGUUAAGUGCAGCCUUGAAGAAUGUGAGGGAGUCAAAUUUGUAAUUGAACGCAUAGAAAUCUGUAUGGUUUACAUAUUACACUCUAGAAUUGUUUUGUUUUUGGGGUAGUGACUGUACCUUCUGUUGACAAGUUAAAGUAUGUUAUGAUGAUGGCUGACAAAUAAAAAUGUUUUGGUCAGA